AUGGAUUAUAAUGAAACAUUUAGUCCAGUCGUGAAACACAGCACCAUUCGGCUUGUUUUGAGUCUUGCAGUGUCGAAAAAGUGGACGAGAAGUUUGUAUGGAUUAAAACAGGCUCCCAGAGCCUUGUUUCGAAGAUUCUCGGAUUAUCUGCUUCAACUUGGGUUUGAAGAAUCAUUAUGUGAUUAUUCAUUGUUCGUGUUUAAUCAACGAGGCGUUUACUUGAUCUUACUUAUCUAUGUGGAUGACAUUCUUCUUACAGGCAAUAAUGAUAAACAAAUGCAAUGGUUGAUAGAGAAGCUUGGCACUUUGUUUUCUAUGAAGGACUUAGGUCCUUUAAGUUAUUUUUUGGGUGUCGAGGUUACUUAUUCUGGGGAGAAUAUGCAUCUUACACAGUCCAAGUAUGCGUUGGAUCUGCUGGAGCGCACCAAGUUUACUGCUGUCAAACCAGUAUCCACUCAUGUACCUGCGGGACAAAAGCUUAGUCAGUAUGUUGUUGAACCUUAUUCUAAUCCCGAACAAUAUCGAACGGUUAUUGGAGCGUUACAAUACUUGACAAUCACCAUACCCGAUCUUUCUUAUGCUGUGAACCAGGUUUGCCAGUUCAUGCAUAUGCCUCGAACUACACAUUGGACGGCGGUUAAGAGGAUUUUGCGGUAUUUAAAGGCCACACAUGAUCACGGUCUUGUCUACAAACCUGGUGAUGUUCGAUUAAAUGCUUUCUCUGAUGCUGAUUAUGCGGGAAAUCCGGACACACGUCAUUCAACUGGUGGCUUCUGUAUCUAUUUGGGCACGAAUUUGAUUUCCUGGAGUUCAAAGAAACAGAAGACUGUCUCAAGAUCUAGCACAGAGGCUGAGUAUAGGCAGCUUGCUUAUACUGCCGCUGAGUUGUCAUGGUUAGGAAGUUUAUUUUGA